GCUGCCGGAGCAAGGCCCCGGGAGGCUAGCCCCAGCGCGGCACUGGGCCCAGCUGCAGGACCUCGGCUCAGAGGAGCUGAGACUGUGAUCCCUAGCCACCCACCUGUCUGUCCUCUGGCCUCCUGGGCCUUCCCGACCCACUGGCAGGCCGCCCCCCAGGGCCUGCUCUGCGAGCUGGACCCACCCGGAGACCCCGCUCACUCCUGCCGGCCCCGGCUGCUUGGGCGGAUCCCAGUGCCCGUGGGGGCUGCAGGAGGACCCCGGGGUCUGCACUGCUCCCGGGAUGGCCUGCUUUUCCUGACGGCUGGGGCUGCACCCUGCGUCCAUGUGCUGGACCUCGAGGGACGAUCCAUCUGCCAUCUGCCCUGCCACCGGCCAGGGGCUGGAGCCUUCGUGCCAGAGGAUGUGGCUGUGACAGCUGCUGGGCUCGUGGUGGUCAGCGACCUUGUCCGUGGGGCUGUGUACGCGCUUCGGCACACUGCCCGAGACCCCCAAGGCCGCUGGGUCACGGUGGGCACCUUCCUGGCCCCCCGGGGGCUGGCUGUGGAUGCCACCGGCCACCUCCUGGUGACGGAUUAUGUGCCUGGGGCCGUGCACAGCUUCGCGCUGAGCCCUGCCCUGGAGCCACAGGCCCGAGCCUCCAUGCUGGGUCUGGAGGGCCCCUGCUGGGUGGGCCCGGGCCCCGACGGCGGCCUCACCGUGAGUGAGGAGUUUGGGGAUGUGCGGCUGUUCGGCAGUGCCCGCCAGCCCCUGGGCUCCCUGGGGGGCCUGACGGGGCACACCUUUGGCAACCCGGCGGGCAUAUGCACUGACGUGGAAGGCAGCGUGAUUGUGGCGGAUGAGCAGCAGGGCCACGUGACCCUGUUUCCUCGGGUCGGCGCGCCCAUCUGCCUGGUGUCCGAGGGGCUGAGGAGGCCCUUGGGAGUGGCCUGUGCGCCUCAGGGCCAGCUCGUGGUGGCAGAUGCGGGUGACGGCGACAUCAAGUUGUACCAGUACCGCUCGCAGUGGGCCUGACCCGAGGGCUCAGAUGGGAGCAGCCCCUCACGGGGUGUGGGUGAGCCCCCAGGGCCCCAGCCCACUACGGGAGGAACACUGGAGGUUGGUGGGGCCUCCAGGACUGCUGGCCACGCCUCCCCGACCUUGUGUGUUUGCAGGGCUCCCGCUGGGCCAGGUCCUGGGUUGCCUCCUACCUUCCUCUUGGAGAUGAUUCAGACUUCGUUCGCUGCCAUAAACCAGCCACCUCCCAGCCUCCAAAGUUGGGCCCUCUGCACACCCCAGUUUAGGCUGCCCGAGCACUCAUGGCCCCCAUUUCCACUCAGGCCCUGGCCCUGCUGGGUCAGGGCCCAGGAGGCCUGAGCUUUGGGCCCAGCCCCUGAAGCCUGCAGACCUUGUGCUGGGCAGCUACCAGUGUUCACCCAGGCAGGCUCUUGGGCCAGGUGCCCCAGCCCCAGGCUCCUAAUCAGACAGAAGCAGGCAAGGAGGGUGCGGCUGGGCUGGGCAGGGCAGGGGUGCAGCCCUUCACUGUCCCCAUCUUCAGACGCACCCCAGGUGCCGAACCUCCUGCUGCUUCUCUGGGCCUGAGGUAAGGCAACGCAAAACAGGGGCCGCCCCAGAGGCACCCUGGGGUGGCACAUGGCUGGGAGGGGAGCCUCCAUACUCCUGGUCCACUUCUCCCGUGUGAGAUCGUCCCUCAGGCUGAACCUGCAUUUUCUCCUCGGCAAACCAGGAGCAAAGGGCUCCAAGCUCAUGGGUGAUGCAUGCUGGGAAGGUUCCAGGCGGUGGACCAGCCAGGAGAGCCUUCCUAUGAGGAAGGACUCCUGUUACCGAAGAACCAUGGGCAAAUGAGGCCCAAAAGAGGUGGAGGUGUGAGGGUAGGACUCUGCAUUUGGGGCCUAGCCAGGCCCCUAGUUCCAGAGAGGGGUCUCAGUGGGAAGGGGACAGCGCCUGAUCACCAGGACAUUGCCUCUGACAAGGUCCCCUUCAUAUGUACCAGCCCGUGUGGGGGGGGGGCGGGAUUUCAGUGGUCAGUGUAAGGAAGCAUGACCACUACGUGCUCAAUAAAUUCUACUUGUUGCUACUGGUGUCAGGGAUAUUGCUCCCCGGAGCAGGAGGGGCUAGGGACCCCUCUGAUGACCAAACCAGAGGGCUGCCGCCUCUGGGCUGGCCCACUGGGGCCCAGCUUUCCUAGUCCACUGGGCCCUAAGGGGCCCUCUGGGCGCCCCUUGGCAGAGACCGUUGU